CGCGCCAUUCAGCAACAGUGCCUUUACCGUUGCCCGCGAAAAAACGCGUCCGUCGAUUUAAAAAGUUUCGUUUUAUUUUUAAAUUGCGUAGAUUAUAAAUAGUGGAUGCUACUCGUGUGAGCCGCUGUGCAAGACGCGACGCUGAGACAUGUACCGACUAAUCCUCCUGAUCGCCACCGCGGCAGCCGCGCCGCAAGACAACAGCAUCACCUUCAUAAAGAACCUCCCUCCAGCUGGGGAACCGCUGUCUCCGUCCGAAGAGUCACUGUCUCUGCCCGAAGUGCUGCUCCCAGCACCGUCCUACGUCUCCACGCAUAUAGAGAACUUACCGUUGAGCAGCCAAGACGCUUCGGAUUACAGGACUGAAGAAGACAGCAGCAAACAGGAGUACCUCAACAAGUCAGCUGACUCCAGUCCAGACGAACAGACCACAGAUUCCACUGAAGAUUCCACGUUAGAAGAGUCUACGGAGACCAAUGAAGCUACUACUUCGGUGACUUCGGUUACAGAGAGAUAUCAGCCUAAAACUACGCCUAAGUUUCAGCUCAAGAAAUCCCCACCGAAGUUCUAUUCAAAACUGAGCUACUUCGAGAAGCCGAGCUACUCCGCGCCCACCAAUCUAGUAGACCGGUCUUCCAAGCGCAAGUUCCGAUCCAACUGCCGAUGUGAAAAGAUUUCUAACUGUCCGAAACUGCAGAUCACUGUGCCAAGAUGUCCGGAGGAAUAUUUCUUGUGCUGUUUUUAAAAUGUUAGAUAUCUUAAGUAGGUUUAUAUUUUGUUUAAAAUUGGAUGUAGAACGCUGAUCUUCCAACAUUGACAUAUAUUUUUGGAAGGGGAAAUAGGGCAAACAUCUCGUUCCUAUUUAUGUCGAUAAGAUAGUCCGAAUCAGAAGAACUCCGUUCCUCCAACCUUGUGAACCUGUCUAUUACAAUUUUGUUUAAAAUGGCUGAAGAGUGACCAAUUGGCUAACAUUAUGUACAUUAAAAGACUAAUUGUUUAGCCAUUUAGAUGUCCUAAUAAUUUUAUUAUUUUAUAGUUAUGCUAUGAAGUGUCCGAGAGAAGUGGAUCAAUCCGUACGAAUUUUAUUUAAACAUUCAGUAUGCAUUUUCUGUUGUGUACCAUCGACAUCUUCCGCUAACCUGACGCUUUUGACAUAAAAGGUUGCGAGGUGAUUUUUUUGUGGAAGGAUAAACAGUAUGUAUGUCUCCUGACUAUCCCUAACAACAUCCCGUAGUAAAACUUUCUGCUUUCGGCCAUUCCAUCUAGAAUAGCUCGUUGACCAAGCUAAUAACAUAAAAAUCUUAUCGACUGUAUGAUUUUCACUCUUUGCGAGUUAGUUUAGGUAUCCCAUCUCGCGGUAAAAAAAAAAUGUGAUGGGUGCAAGUUAUCAAAGACUUAUUUAAUUGUAUAGAUAUAUUAAUUUUAAGUAUUUUAGUUUAAAGUCUUGAAGUAAAUCUAAGGUUUAUGUUGAAAUAAACUUCCGAAAUAAUUUGGCAACUAGGAAUAUUUUUAAAACCCCACCGAAUACAGGUUCAGAAUGUAGUUGUUACCACAAAACUACAAGAUAUUAAAUAUCUUCCUUUAAAUAUAUGAAACUAACAGUGCUGAAAUAUCAUUU